GGGGUAACAGAUGAGAGAGGAGGCUGCUUGCGGAGCAGCGGCGACGAGAGGAGAAUGGGGCUGAAGGGAGGGUAGCGUGGACCGAAGAGAGACCGAGAAGGCAUCCGCAGGAUGGUCAGGGAGGCAGAAGGAGAGCACGCGGGGGUGAGCGAGGGGGACAUCCCCGGGACGCGCAAGCGCCGUGCAAGGGUGGAAAAGCGGGUGAGAGCUGCUCACUACGCCCGGGACACCUCGCGGUCCUCCGCGAGGGGAGGGCGCAUGCCAAGAGAUGAAGCGAGACGGGAAACGCAUCGCAGCCACGAGAAGACAGGAGGAGAGAGAGGAAGAUCAUCGAGAGGAGAGGGCAUAAAAGCGUGCGCGCGCGACGAAGGGGCGCGAGGGGGAGGGGGGGAGAAGGAGAGAGGAACCCCUGGAAAAGCCGGGGAGAAUGCUUUGUCGGCCGUCACCGACCCCCUCGCAGUAGCGCGCGCGCGGCAGUCGACGUUUUCUGCGAGGGAAAACCGUUGUCGUGCGAGAGUCAGCAUCGGGCGAUCGUUGCACGCUCGGCACGUUGAGGCGAUCAGCGUGCGAGAGGAAAAAGAGCGGGGCGAGAAAAGGAGAGAGAAAGAGAGAAGAAAGGGGGAGGAAUGAGGUUGGAAACGCGCGACGAGUGAAGGAGGAUCGGAGGGAGAUUGGUCCAGGAAGAGAGACGCGCAAGGGUGGUGACCCGUGACUCCGCAACGCGCCGGAGAAGGAAGCAGCCAGUACGUCCGACACAUCGCAGGUUGUACCACUGCGCUCAGCUCAGUAGCGACUGUCCGCGCUCUAGUCAGACGCGGCGCAGUAGCUACGCUCCGCGCUAGUCAGACGCGCGCUGCGCUUCCCGCUUUUCCCUGUGUGUCCCCGUCUCGCCGUCUGGUCUCUUCCCUGGUGCCGUCCUGACCGCAGGAUCGCGUCGCGGUGUCGACUAUCCUAUGUAUAACGACUCAAUCACAGCGUUUCUCGUAACUUUUUAAGCGACCUGAUAUCGAGUCUCGAAGAAAAAUCCAAAGACGUGACACAAUAUCGCGUACGUAUUCUGUGCGUUACGUGUAUUUUAUUGUGCUCCGCGGUUACAGUCGCGCGAUCGUCGAUCGGCAAAGUGUUUCCCGGUCGGUGGGAAACCACGACCAACCGACCGACUGAUCGAUCGAACGUACGUACGCCAGCGCGCGUGAAUCCAGCCGAACCCAGUGAUCUCGUGACCUUGUGACACCGCCUGCGAGAGAAGAGGGGGGAGGGAGGAAGAGAUGCACCCGCUCUGAGAGACUGAGAACGCCCGCCUCGCGGUCGCACGCCGAUCUCACCACCCGUGUGUCGCGCGGCGCACGUCGGCUCCUCCCAGAUCGCGAGAGGGUUGACGAGAGGGAUCGAGGCGGAAAGUAAGUCGCGCGGAGUUUGGCGAACCGUCUUGCGAGAGGAGCGCCCCUGGCCGCGCUUCAUGACUUUCCGCGUUUUCUUCAUUCGAAAGUGUUUCCGCGGGGAUUUCGGAAACCGAGAUCGAUAUUGAGAUUGCUGCCGAUCUACCCGCGAUCCGAGAUCUCCAUGUCGAAUCGCUACUGUUGAGACAACUACAAUAAUUAAUAAAAUCUGUACAAUUGCGAAAUAUUCGAAAAUAUAGACCUCCCCAAAUCGUCUAGAUCCCUUGCCACGAUCACCCAUUGAUGAUCUUGCGAUUCUGCAAUUCAAAUGAAUCAUCAUUUUUGGUGAAUUAAGAGAAUAGAUCAACAAAUUGUUUCGUUCGCCUCUCCCCCAUCAAGAAAUUUUUAUCUCGCCUACCGGGAUUCACAAAGAAAGAUCAUCGAUCGAGAUUCUGCAGAGAUCAACGUCCUAGCAUCCGAUCUUAUAAGUAAAUCAAAGUAAAAAAGUGCAGUUUCACCUAAAGUAGCUUGUAUCGAGAUAUAAACAAAAAAAAAGUCGACGAGGAAAAAACAUCCUGCGAGAAGAGGAUCCUGCGACGAUCGAGAUAAAGAUCUUGCAGCUCGCGCGGGUAUCGGAAAAACGUGCACGGCACUGAGCUUUGGGUGGCAGUUGGAAGAGGGGGUCUCGUGUUUCCCACCUUCAGUCGGUAGAAAAUCGAAGACGUGUCGAAACUACCAUGAGCGAGGGCACGCCGAAGUCGCAGAUCAAGAUCGUCGUGCCCGAUGGUUCGCCAGCACGUCCGCAAGCUGGCGAUGGAGGUGGCGCAGGCGGAGAUGGCGAUCCCAUUGUCAGCACCAAUUCCGAGAAGAAGUCAGGAUAUGAGACCAAUCUGUAUCUCUACAGUGAGGAGAUGGAGGACCGGCCGCGGAUCUCGACAUUGCUCAACAGCUUGGCGAACUACAGCAACACCAUCCCUGCCGCGACUGACCCGGAUAAACCGGCCCCGGCUGCGGGAGGCGGAGCACGAAUGGGUACUCUCAUAGGUGUUUACUUGCCGUGUAUCCAGAACAUCUUUGGUGUGAUCCUCUUUAUCCGUCUGACAUGGGUAGUCGGUACGGCCGGCGCUAUUCAGGGCUUUUGCAUCGUGCUCUGUUGCUGUUGCGUUACGAUGCUGACGGCGAUCAGUAUGAGUGCCAUUGCUACUAAUGGUGUUGUGCCGGCCGGUGGUUCCUAUUUCAUGAUCUCGAGGAGCUUAGGCCCAGAAUUCGGCGGCGCGGUGGGUAUGUUGUUUUAUACUGGUACCACCUUGGCCGCCGCGAUGUACAUCAUCGGUGCCGUCGAGAUCGUCCUCACUUACAUGGCGCCGUCACUCAGCAUAUUUGGCGACUUCACGAAAGACGCCAGCAUUAUGUACAACAACUUCCGUGUGUACGGCUCCGCCUUACUGAUGGUAAUGGGCACUAUUGUCUUCGUGGGCGUGAAGUUCGUUAACAAGUUCGCCACCGUCGCACUGGCCUGCGUCAUUUUAUCCAUCUUCGCUGUUUACGUGGGACUCUUCGUAAACUUUAACGGCAACGAGUCUCUAAAAUUAUGCCUGCUCGGCAGAAGGCUAUUAAAGGACAUCAACGUUUUAACAGAUUGCAAUAAAAAUUUCAACGGUGUUUUGCACAAUAUUUACUGCAAUGGCACGAAAUGCGAUUCGUAUUAUCUCGAGAACAAUCUUACCAUCGCCAACGGUAUCCGCGGCUUGGCGAGCGGCGUGUUCCUAGAGAACAUAUGGGACAGUUUCCAAGAGCAGGGUCAAUUAAUCGCUCACGGAUAUAAUCCGAAGGACAUCGAUGUCCUAUCAGGAUCUAGCUAUAACCAGAUCCAGGUCGAUCUCACCACAACUUUUACUAUUCUCAUCGGCAUAUUUUUCCCUUCCGUGACGGGUAUUAUGGCGGGCUCUAACCGAUCCGGUGAUCUAGCUGACGCUCAGAAAUCCAUUCCAAUCGGAACGAUCUGCGCGAUCUUGACGACCUCCACCGUCUAUCUGUCCAGCGUCCUCCUUUUUGCCGGGACUGUUGACAAUCUGCUGCUACGUGACAAGUUCGGUCAGAGUAUCGGCGGUAAACUGGUGGUGGCAAAUAUGGCGUGGCCGAAUCAGUGGGUAAUCCUGAUCGGUUCGUUUCUGUCCACCUUGGGUGCCGGUCUGCAAUCUUUGACAGGAGCACCGCGAUUACUACAGGCAAUCGCCAAAGAUGGCAUCAUUCCUUUCCUGAAGCCAUUCGCUGCCAGUUCCAGUCGAGGCGAACCUACUCGUGCUUUGAUACUCACUGUGGGAAUUUGCCAGUGCGGUAUCUUACUUGGCAAUGUGGAUUACUUGGCACCAUUGUUAUCCAUGUUCUUCCUCAUGUGCUACGGCUUUGUCAAUCUUGCUUGUGCGCUGCAGACCCUGCUGCGUACGCCAAAUUGGCGGCCACGCUUCAAAUAUUAUCAUUGGAGCCUGUCGUUCCUUGGCCUGUCGCUUUGCAUCGCUAUCAUGUUCAUGACUAGCUGGUACUACGCAUUGCUAGCGAUGGGUAUGGCCAGCUGUAUCUACAAGUAUAUCGAAUAUCGCGGUGCCGAGAAGGAAUGGGGUGACGGUAUUCGCGGUCUGGCAUUAUCCGCUGCCAGAUACUCGCUGCUCAGGCUCGAAGAGGGUCCACCACAUACGAAGAAUUGGCGUCCACAGAUCCUGAUCCUCGCCAAACUUACCGAUGACUUGGUACCUAAAUAUCGCAAGCUUUUCGCAUUCGCUAGUCAGCUUAAAGCUGGCAAGGGUCUCACCAUUAGCGUCAGCUGUAUCGCCGGUGACUAUACACAGAACUCGGGUGAAGCACUAGCGGCCAAGCAGAGUCUGAAGAAAACUGCGGCGGAAGAAAGAGUGAAGGGCUUCGUCGAUGUUCUCGUUGCGAAAAAUGUUGUCGAAGGGCUGAGCUCAUUAAUACAAAACACUGGGCUUGGCGGACUAAAACCGAAUACGGUGAUAUUGGGUUGGCCUUAUGGUUGGCGACAGUCGGAAGAGGAUAGAACCUGGCGAGUCUUUCUGCAGACCGUAAGGAGCGUUGCAGCCGCGAAGAUGGCAUUGCUAGUGCCCAAAGGCAUAAACUUUUUCCCGGACUCUAGCGAGAAGAUAAUCGGCAACAUUGACGUCUGGUGGAUCGUGCAUGAUGGUGGCCUAUUAAUGCUACUGCCGUUCUUACUAAAACAACAUCGUACCUGGAAGAACUGUAAGAUGAGGAUUUUUACGGUCGCGCAAAUGGAAGACAAUUCAAUACAGAUGAAGAAGGAUUUAAAGAAGUUCUUGUACGACCUGAGAAUCGAGGCGGAAGUCGAGAUUGUCGAAAUGACGAACACCGACAUCUCCGCGUACACAUACGAGCGCACUUUGAUUAUGGAGCAAAGAAAUCAGAUGUUACGUGAGUUGCAACUGAACAAGAAGCAGUCACUAGGAGUGGUGCAGGGAUUGGUGGACUUCAACGAGGUACCCGCCGAGGAAAAAUUACCUCUGGUACAGGCGAUUGUAGAUCACCAUCACAACGUGGAUGCCAAAGUGCCAACGAAAGUGAGAUUCCAAGAGCCGGGUAACCAGAGUACAAAUAUAACCGACGAUACAAAGCUGAUGCAGGAAACCGAAUUAAAUAACAAGGAAGACGAUGCCGAGGAGGCAAAUGAUAAAGACGAAGCUAAAGAGAAUAACGAAGAGACAAAGCUGAUUGGCGGCUCGCCCAAAGCGGAGAAUAAAGAGAAUAUGGAGAAGGAAGCGAAGGAGGCGGAGGCAAAAGAGACAGAAAACGACGCGGAGGAAAACAAAAACCAAAGUCCGGAGAUUAAGAAACCCACGAUUACACCCGACGAGGGUGACGUGAGACGUAUGCAUACUUCGUUGAAGCUGAACGAAGUAAUCCGUAAAAUGAGCAGCGAGGCUCAACUGGUUAUCCUGAAUCUUCCCGGACCGCCGCGAGACACGAGAAUGGAGCGUGAAUCUAAUUACAUGGAAUUCCUCGAGGUGCUCACCGAAGGCUUAGAGAGGGUACUUAUGGUGCGGGGUAGCGGACGGGAGGUGAUUACCAUCUACUCGUGAACUAAACCGACGGGAAUUGAUGCCGUUGCCUUGCGGAAGCAGAGCUCUAGUUUACUUCUCAGUGACCUAAACGACACUACCUUAAGGAACAUACUACUCUUGUGCCAUUGUCUGCGGCAGUCACUCUUGUCUUGCGCCGCACACUCUGAAAGUCGUUAAGGAGAAGAGGAUGAUGACGAUGACGAUCGUUCAUAUCGGAUAUGGAAAAGGAAGUUUUACUGAAGCUGACUUAUUAUGUGGACCGCGAUGACCAUUCGUCAUCCGAUGAUGAAGCCAAAUGCGAUGAUGCCAAAGGAUAGGUUUUUCUUCGAAUGAAUUUUUGAGCGUUGAACGUGCGAGUUUAUGUGUCAGGUAUGUACGCGUCAGAAGAGGGUCGCAUACGGCAGCGAAAGCUGCUCAAAUUCGAAUUCGACAACCUGUCGAGCUCGGCCGAGCUCGUCGGACAGAGCACAUUGUGCAUCUCUCAAAAAAAUCGCCGGUACAAAAAAAACUGUAGCUCAAUGAGACAAGUCCCGAGUAAAACGUCACUUCGAUUCAAUUUUUCGCAACUACUAAAAACCACGUCUAAAACGAAGAAGAAAAUAAAAAUAAGAAAAUGGCAAAGAAAAAGGGGGGGGGAAAAAAAUCAAAAUUUGGUCCGAGGCUAAGGUCGAAGCAUCUACGAAACCACUGCCAGACUACUUUCUAAAUGCUUCGCGUUUAACCAAAGACGCGAGAGGCUCAUUUUUCUACAUGCAUUGUCGUUAAUAGGGCAAGAAUACGAGUAGGUACGUAUAUAAUUUUAUUGCUUGAUAUAGGUGAAUCUAGAGUAGCCUAGGAUAGUGCCGACUUUUAUUAUGGUUAUAUAAUAUAUAUGUGUAUUUGAUAAUAGAGAACGACGACGAGUAUGUCGCGAGUAUUAUUGCAUUUCCUUCGGGGAUUGGGACCCCGCUCUUUUUUCCAGUCUCGCGCGGAAAUCUUUACGUACAUACACACAUGCAGGACGUACAGACACAUAUUCGUACACACAUUCGCGCGCGUUUGUAUCCUCUUUAAGGCCUACUGGUCCAAGAUGCCACUACCACUUAAUCGAUAACACCAAGUGAAGUUGAAUCGUGACACGAGGAGUGCAACCCGAAAGACUCAAUGUCAAAAAUACGCGGCGAUCUUACCGAAUCUCAUCGAAAAAAAAA